UAACAUGUGGAGGGGAGAUCACCAAGAAUGAAGGACUGCUCGUCAGCCCGAACUAUCCUGGCGAAUAUCCCAACCAGCAGACUUGCGUUUGGAGAAUAACUGUGGAGGACGGAUUUAUUAUAUCCGUAACGUUUGACUAUUUUCGUAUGGAACAUACGCCAAACUGCCAAUCUGACUACCUGGAAUUUCGCGACGGUCUCAACGACACAUCGCCGUUCUUGAGCAGACACUGCGGAAAUAGAAUACCCGGUGUCGUUAACUCUACGACAAAUCACUUAUACGUGAAGUUUGUCAGUGAUGAUUCUGUGAAUAUGUUUGGAUUUUCGGCUUCCUUUACUAAAA